GCAUCAUAUCGAAGCUGCUCACACGUUGCAUCUACCCGUUCUAUCACUCACUGACUCAGCUGACUGUAAUUUCUGAAAAACGUCAAAUUGGUACGGAAACUUGCUAAAUUGAGGUUAAUUUCAGCUUUAGAUUAGUAUCGAAGAUUUUGCAGAGUGUGUUCAGCGGAAUCAUGACUUCUUUUACCGUAGAAAGCCCGAAUGUUCGGUAUUUUCCUGACCACAUCGAAUCUGAAUAUGUUUACCAGACGACAAAAGUGGAGAGAAAUAGCCAGAAUAUUAAGGUGAAACCCAUCGACGUCCAAAUGAAGUUCAGAACGGGGAGAAAGGUUCCACGUCUGGGUGUGAUGCUGGUGGGGUGGGGCGGGAACAAUGGAAGCACCGUGACGGCAGCAGUCAUCGCCAACAAGAUGAAGAUGUCAUGGAGAACUAAAGAAGGAAUUAGGCAUGCAGACUACUUUGGGUCCUUGACUCAGGCAUCAACACUAAACCUGGGAUCUGGACCGGAUGGGGAUCUCAACAUCCCAUUCAAAGAUAUAUUACCCAUGGUGGACCCCAAUGAUAUUGUCUUUGAUGGUUGGGACAUUUCUCGCCUCAAUCUUGCCGAAGCCAUGGAACGGGCCCAGGUCCUGGACUGGAGUCUGCAGGAACAACUCCGCCCACACAUGGCGACCCUCAAGCCCCGCCCGUCCGUCUAUAUCCCCGACUUCAUCGCAGCCAACCAAGAGGACCGCGCCGACAAUGUCCUCUCCGGAACGAAGUCGGAGCUCGUCGAGAAGCUCCGUGCCGACAUCCGUGACUUUAAACAGAAGGUUGAUAAGGUGAUAGUGCUAUGGACCGCGAACACAGAGAGGUUCUGUGAUGUUGGUGAAGGACUGAACGUUACAGAGCACGCCCUCAUGAGGUCAAUAGAGACCAAUGCUGCGGAGGUGUCGCCAUCAACGCUAUUUGCAGUAGCUUCAAUAUUAGAAGGGGUUGCAUACAUCAACGGCUCUCCACAGAACACCUUUGUACCGGGCGUCAUUGAGAUGGCAGAGAGACGAGGGGUGAUGAUUGGUGGAGACGACUUCAAGUCAGGACAGACCAAGAUCAAAUCUGUCCUGGUGGACUUUCUUGUUGGUGCAGGAAUCAAGCCGGUGUCGAUCGUCAGUUACAACCAUCUUGGGAACAAUGAUGGCAAGAACUUAUCAGCUCCUAAACAGUUCAGGUCAAAAGAGAUUUCUAAAUCGAAUGUCGUCGAUGACGUGGUGGCAUCCAACCCUAUCCUCUACCCGGACGGCAAGAAACCCGACCACUGUGUCGUCAUCAAGUACGUCCCUUACGUUGCAGACAGCAAGAGGGCGCUAGACGAAUACACCUCCGAGAUCAUGAUGGGCGGUAGGAACACUAUAUCACUCCACAAUACCUGUGAAGAUUCCCUCCUUGCCACCCCCAUCAUUUUGGACCUGGUUAUUCUCACUGAGCUGUGCCAGAGAAUAGAGUUCAAAUCAGCUUGCCAAAGUGAAUACCAACAAUUCCACAGUGUACUUUCAAUCUUGAGCUAUUUAUGUAAAGCACCCUUGGUUCCUAGUGGUACACCGCUCGUCAAUGCUUUAUUCAAACAGAGGGCUUGCAUUGAAAACAUUUUUAGGGCUUGUAUUGGACUUCCUCCACAGAAUAACAUGCUACUGGAACACAAGCUUAGCAAUCCAAAGUCCAUCCCAGAACUCUGCACCAAUGGCCUCUCCUCAGAACUGUGCACCAAUGGCCUCUCCUCAGAACUGUACAUCAAUGGCCUUACAAACGGCCACGCCCUGCAGAAUGGCAGCCUUGUCAUAGAGCCUGAACCGAUCAGCAAGAAAGCAAAAGUCGCAACGUCCGAGUUCGUCAACGGCAACGGUGUUCUGCACAAUGGUAUGGCAGCGAUUCAUUAACGAGAUGGAGGCGACUACGGCUGACGCGACCACCACCACCAAAGACUCUCUACCAGUAUCGACGGUCAGUAAUAUCAAUACACUCGUGAAUGGCAGUUUCAUCUGACAUCACCACCUGAGACGUGUGUUACCCAAAGGCAAUGAAUUUGAUUGCCCUUGCUGGCUUCAAAAUCCCCCAAUUACUGACUGGUUGUGGCGAUUCAUAAAAUAAAAUUGCCUUGCCGUGUUGAGGUCUUGCUGGAGGAGCUGGGACAACCAGAGACCACAUUCUAUCAUCGGUAAUUCAAAUGAUUUUGUUUAUGGCAGUAUGCGCUGUAAUAACACCACCAAUCCCUCUUCGAAGGGCAAGCAUUAGUAUUUAAAUUGCCCUAUUUCAACCCAAUUUGCUAUAUAUCUAACCAUUGCAGUGGCAUAUUGUAUUGAGUCCAAAUUAUUACCUCAGUAGGUACAGGAAUCGUAGUCAAGGUCGGUACUUCCCACUUCCCAGUCAAUAAAGCUGCUGGAGAAAACCUUCCCCCAUAGACUUUGUACACAUGAAUCAACACUAAGGUCAAGGCUGGCAAAAUGUGGCCUUGAGGCUAAGGUCAAGGCUGGCAAAAUGUGGCCUCGAUGUUUAAGGUCAAGGCUGGCAAAAUGUGGCCUUGAGGCCGGCAUUGACUGCAUCCCUGGUAGGUAGGUAAGAAUUCAAAAGGACUGAGUUUCGGUUUCUUCAACAUAUUUUCCAAAUCAUGGGCUGGAUGAAAUUGUGCUCUUUGGUGUAUAUAUUCCUUUCCAUGUUACAAAGAUGAGAUCGUGCAGAAAUUACAUUAAGUGUACAUAUACCUUGGAAGUUUUCAAUCAUGUAAAUGCAGAGGUUGAAUGUACCAAAUCUGGUGAUCUGGCAUUGUAACCUUUUUGGCACUAUGUCAAUCUUCUCAGUAAGUGAUGUUAUUACAGGGUGGUACCUUGGUGCAAUAAAGUGCUAAGUCUAUUUCAGGGCAUGCUAUCCAAUCAUCAUUAUAGAACAUUGCUAAUAUAACAUUGCUGAUAUGUAAUGUUGGCACAAAGCCCCCCCCCCCCCAAACAAAAAAUAAAAAUAAAAUAAAUAAAUGAAUAAAUAAAUAAAAAUAAAAGAGUCAACAUAUUUUCAUGCCACUUGACUACUUUCCAGUGGCUAUUAUCAAAGACGUGAUUCACAAUAUAAUUUGUCAUCGAUUUCCCCGACAUUCAUAGAUCUGAUUGGCUGAGAUCAAUUUUGUCAGUGCUAAUCACUCUAAAGACACUAUGCAAUGAUCUUUUUUCUUUGACAGAGGUUUUGUCCACUCAACUUCUGUCCUGACAAGAAUUUAGGAAGGAGGGGGGGGGGGGUGACUAUCCCCCUAAACCCAGUAAUUUUUGUAGUUAAUAACCGACUUAAUGAAAACACACAACAGAGGAAAACGGAAAAAUAAAGCUUUUUUUUUUUUAGAUUAACUGUCACAUCUUGCUAUUACCCUUCCUAGGAGAAUCCUCUGGUGCCUCUUGGUUAUUACAUGUAAUCUCUGUAUUGCUUCUCCAGGCAUUCCUGUUUUCAGUAUUGGCUUUGGUGAAACCUGGGAGAUGUUUCACGAAGCACUCAGUGGGGUUUUCACCAACAACUGUUACAAACUACUGAAAUUCUUGCGUACGAUUGGCUGAAUUUGAAUUGAUCUGUGAAAAGUCACUGACAGGAACCUUCAUGAAAUUGAUCAGUAUGCAGUAAUAGGCGUCCUCCCCACAUUUGAAUAGUAUGACGUCAUGGAUGUAUGCGAGUGAUGUCUAUUGUUUAACUUGUUUUUAAAAAAAUAGGGGAUGUUAGGGAUAGAUAUGGCCCUGUCUUACGAAGAGUUAUGAUUGAUCCGAUCAACCUCAACUAUGGAAAGCCAGUAUUGUCAACAUAAAAAUUGACAUAUGUUCAAAAUAUUUUCUAAAUAUGAUGUAUAUUCAUUCAUACAAUUAUUGUUUUCUUGAAAAUUCAAAGUGCUUCUUUUUGUUUACAAAGGACAUUGUAAGAGGUUGAUCCGUUCAGAUCAAUCGUAACUUUUUUAUAAGACGGGCCAUGGUAUGAUGUUAAAAAUCUGUGCGUAAGCCUACCUCCUUGUAUCUUGCCAGAAGCAUUAUUUAGUGAACCACCACCGAAGGGACCAUUAUAUGAAGCGAUGUACACUGACAGCUAUUAUCUUGAUCACAAGUGGGUGCGUCGUGGUCUAGUGGUUCUGAUCCUCGCCUUUCAAAUAGAGGGUCGUGGGUUCGAAUCCUAGCCAUGGCGUGUUUUCCUUCAGCAAGAAAUGUAUCCACACUGUGCUGCACUCGACCCAAGUGAGGUAAAUGGGUACGGGCAGGAAGUAAUUCCUCAAAAGCUGUGCGCACCAGAAUCGGUAGACUAGCUUAGCCGGGGUAAUAUAGGAGCGCCUUGAGCACCUAGCAAGGUGGAUACGUGCGCUAAACAACUCCUGUAUUGUUUUUGUUAUUAUUUGUAAGCUGCUGAAUUUCUUUUGUGACUGGAUAAGAGGAAAUUCAACAUCAUUUUUUUUGUUUUACAAGUUACGUAUUAACGUACCUGGAGCAUUCAAGUGAAAUUGUCAGUGCUGGCAACCUUCGUGAUAUCAGUGCCCUUUUAUUGUUACAUGUAUAUGUGUAUUAUUAUAAUUGUGUUUGAUGUGGAAAGAGAAGGAGCAGAGAAAAUCAAAGAAAGAAAAUUGUGCCUUUGGUGAAGAUAUUUCUUUUAAUGGUUAAGUCAGGUUUCUUAGGGCUCACAAGUGUUUUAUGCAAAGGACAUUAAAUGCCAAAACAUAGCCAAUUUGCAUUUUAUGGAACCAAACUGUGGCAAACGUGCACAAAUCAUUUAUUUUUGUCCGCAAGUAGUCUUUAAAAAAUUUGAAGAAAUCCUCCCCAACAGAUUUUGAAGCUUCCAGACCUCGAGCACCUGUUUUGCGAAUGUUGGACUUUCCAUUAGUUAACAAGAGCUUCCUUUAAGAAUCCCUCAUAGAACAUUUUUGAGCCUCGUUGACACCAGGGGAAUGGUUCACAAAGGAUGACUUACAGUUGCACUUAAAGAUAAAUACCAGUUGUGGUAUUGACUUCAAAAUGAGUUCGAACAGAAUCCAAUGAAAUUACCACCAAAGUGUUUGUAUGUAUUGAAUGAAAAAUAUGUUCCAAAUAGCUCUGGGAGAAAAUGUGUCAUUGCUGAGAAAUUAUUAAAAUAAGCAUGGAAAUCCAUCAAAUGCCGGGUAUUUUUCGAAACAAUAUUAAUACACUGUCCCUCAUAUGCCUUUCUGUGUUAGUGAUCAUCAGAAUUAUCGAUUUUGAGCUAAGAUUUCAUGAUUUUACAAAGAUAAAAUUGCAUUAAUGUACCAGAUCUGGAUGUAAGAUAUUUUGACAAUGAACUUGAUUUAAGUGACUUUCUUGUAAAAUAGUUGUUUGCUGCAACUACUGUCUUUUACCUUUAAAUGCUGAAGAGUACAAGGUAUGAAACACGCAAUCUUAUUGAUCAAUACGCAGUAGUGUGUAUCCUCUUAGCAUUAUCUGACCAAUGUGGUCAAGCCUUUUACAUCGCACGCUACAAGGCAUUUAAGUGCGACUCUUAAUUGGACUUCACUCUUUGUGACCCCCCCCCCCCCCCCGGCUUUAUGAAUUCCCAACACAGUAAAAAAAAACAUGAAGACCUUGCUACGGUGUCUAAGAAAAGAAAAUUUCACUGCAGCUGAUCUGUGAAUCCUGAUCUUAAGAGUGACAGGCUUUGAUUGGGGAAAACGGCAUUUGAAGAUUUGUGAUCUUUGAAAAACACAUUGCUUUAAUAAGCAUUUUCCAAUGUGUUGGGUAUAUCAACAGACAUUGUAUUCAUAACCCUUGCUAAUGAUAUAUUCUGGAAAUUCUUUUUUUUUUUAACUCAAUUUUAUUAUGCGUUGUGGGCAUUUUGACUUUGGGGUUUUGAGAUUAUUAACUAAACCUCUCUUUCUCUUGCCAAGAAGUUGUAAAUAAUAGUAAUAAUAACAUAAAAUUAAUAAUAAGAAGAGGAAACUGCAAAAUCAAGCAUCAUAUUGAAAACAAGAUUGAAUUAGUUUUAAUGUGGUCAUUAGAGCACAGAAU